CAGCUGUCGACCCCCAGCCGCACCACUACUGUCCACGAGGCCCCGCGCGCACCUCUUCGACGGACGCUAGAAUAUUGAUACACGCGCAAUUUGGAGGGAGGGCGUAUGGACCGGGUCUGUCCUUGAUUUCUAGGUUGCGGACGACGUCUCUUUGAGACUUUUGCGCGACCCUCUGCCGCUCUUUCACAGGUCGUCGCGCGAACAAUAAGAAUACAAUUUCACUGUCGCCUCGGCCAGCGCAAGCUGCCCUUCUCUCGUUUACACGCUCGCCUCCCGACCGACGCGUCAACGCCGCUUGCCCUCCUAGAAGCUCAACCUGCACCGACCCGCCGUCUAACGGUCGCUUUCAAGAUGUUUUUCAUCAAAGAGCUCGAGAAGACGAUCACGCUGCACCCCUCGUACUUCGGUCCGCAGAUACGCUUGCACCUCCACAGAGAGCUUCUUUCCAAGGAAGAGGGCUCAAAUACGGGCUCUUUCACUAUAGUCUGCAUCUUGGACUCGUUCGAUAUCUCUGACGGACAAGUCGUUCCCGGGUCUGGCUCCGCUGAGUACACGGUGCACUAUAAAGCUAUUGUCUGGAGGCCGUACAAGGGAGAGGUCAUGGACGGCAUCGUGACUUCCGUCGUCCGGUCCGGCUUCUUCGUCAGUUGUGGCUCUCUGGAGGCGUUCGUGAGUCGCGCGAUGAUUCCGUCUGAGAUCAAGUACGAUGCCAACGCGACGCCGCCGCAUUGGACGGACAACGCCGACCAAGUCAUCGAGAAGGGCACCAAUGUCCGCAUCAAGAUCAAGGGCGUGCGAUCUGAAGUGGACCGACAGUUCGCGAUUGGCACUAUGAAAGAGGACUACCUUGGCCCUCUGCAGCAAUGAGAUGCUUCGCCCAGGCGGCGUCUCACGAUUGCGCUUGGCAGGCAACUGCAGGAUUUGCUACAAAGGAUAUUCAGGAACUGGAACUGGCUUCGUCAAUGGGACAAAGAUCAUCAGACUAAACAGUGGUGCGUGAUGCGAUGCUGUAGCCAAAGCGUGGCUGCAAAAGUCCUACAUCAUCGAGAGAACGCACACUACACAGUAGUGCCGGGCAAAGAACAUGUGGAGCUACACAUACGCCCAAAACCCUCUCCCAAAUCUCCAAGUCUAAAGUUUUUUCUGGCGUGUCUUGCACUCCUGUAAGAAGUUUUUGGAGCUAUACACGAGCUUGCAAUUGGGGUGUACCAAAGCGGUGGAGAAGUGAAGCCGAUUCCAGCCUCUCGACGGGGUGCCUUGCGACUUGGCUUUGGGUCUUUGUUCAGAUAGUGUUCCACAUUCGGAUCUGAAUAUAACGAUUCUGACG